AUGGGGAGGUAUGAUGGCAGUAUGUGCAGGUCAAUAUGUACAGGAGAGAAGUAUGGAGAGUAUGACAGCAGGCAGUAUGUGCAGGAGGGGAGCGUGUGCCAUAGUGAGACUUGUUCAGGACUUUUUGAUAUGAAUGAAGACAUGGAUAUUUUUAGUUUUGAACUUAACAAGUGUAUUGAUUUGAGGAACUUUUAUUAUAUAACAAUGUUGAGAGACCCAGUGUCCAGAUACCUAAGUGAAUGGAAACAUGUCCAGAGAGGUGCAACCUGGAAGGCAUCCCUCCAUGUCUGUGAUGGAAGAAGCCCCACCCCUGAUGAGUUGCCAACAUGUUAUCUUGGGGAUGACUGGUCUGGAGUCACUCUUCAAGAAUUCAUGGACUGUAGCUAUAACCUAGCUAACAAUCGCCAAGUCCGCAUGCUGGCAGACCUUAGCCUAGUUGGCUGUUACAACUUAACUUUUAUGAAUGAAAGUGAAAGGAAUGACAUUCUUCUACAGAGUGCCAAAAAUAACCUUAAAAAUAUGGCCUUUUAUGGCUUAACUGAAUUUCAAAGAAAAACACAAUACCUGUUUGAAAGAACAUUCAAUCUCAAGUUUAUUUCGCCAUUUACACAGUUCAAUACUACCAGGGCUUCAAAUGUGGACAUUGAUAAAUGGUCUCGUGAAAGAAUAAAGGAACUUAAUUAUUUGGACGUGCAGCUGUAUGAAUAUGCUAAGGACCUUUUUCUACAACGUUUCCAAUAUACCAGACAAUUAGAGCACCAGAGGAAGAGAGAGAAGAGAAAGGAGGAAAGAAGACUUCUUAGAGAACAUAAAUCUCAUAUUCUGCACAAGGAAGAAAUAACAACAGAAAUCGCCACGACUGAAGAUUAUAAUAGUCAAGUGGCAAGAUGGUGAUAUUCCCAGGUUUUUCACUAAAAAAUAUAGAUAGGGUAAUGAACAUUCAUUUGUUAUCAAAUAUUUUUAAAAUCUUUUCAAUUUGAACUUUUCAAGCCUAAGUGAUUAUGUCAAGGUGGUUAUUUCAAAGUAAAUAAAAAGUUGAUAAGACAGGAAAUGAUAAAAGACUUUUCUGAGCGUUUCCUGGAUCCGUUGCACUUUGUCAGUUUGUUUCUAUGGAGUGUUACCAUAAUACACAAACAUUAUUCUUCAAACUUCUUAAACUCCUUUAAUUUUGUGACAUGGUCUUUGUUGACAUCUUACAUUAAAAUCUCAGAUUAAAAAGUCAGCUUUAGACAUGCAGGUAGAAUUGUGAAAAUGUCAAAUGGACUAUUGUGCUUUCUUCAAACUGCUUGUCUCCUUUUUUUGCAGUAGAUUGAAUUACCUUCUUUUUUUAAUGUGUACAGUGUGUGAUAAAAUGAAAAAGAAAAUGUUGUGUUUCAUUACUAGAAAAACUACAGAAAUU